CUGAACUCUGUUUUUUUUUUUUCAUACAACCCAGGUGGAGUUAAAGCUACUUCAAGUAGAAUGCCAACUGAAAUGCUCAAAAAUCUCUGAAAACAAACAUCAAACUCACAUGCUCUAGAGAUAAAGCCAUGGCAGCCAGCGGAGAUUCUUCUACCAGUAUGGAGGCAGCUUCACUCGCCACACCGUGGCAUUCGCCGGUGCCGUACUUAUUCGGCGGCCUUGCAGCCAUAUCAAGCCUCAUUGCCUUCAGUCUCUUGAUCCUCACCUGCUUGUACUGCUGGAAGCCUCAUGUAUCUGGAUCGAACGGUGACGAUGAUACUGCUCGAGCAGCAGAUGUGGAGUCGGGCGAAGGCAAGGGCGGCGGUGAUCGGAAUUCGCUGACACCGGAUGACUUUGAUGACAAGGUUGUGGUAGUAAUGGCCGGAGAAGUGAACCCAAGUUUCAUAGCCACACCCAUGUCAUUAAGUUUAGAUUGUCGUAGUAAAAUUAUGUGUCGCCAUGAAGGGGUGGAAUUGCAGAGUUGUACUUCAAGUUAAGUUUUGUUUUAAGAAAAAAAUAAUUUGAUGGUCGAUCUCUUUGGACUUUCAAUUCUAUCAUUUGUACAUUAAAUUUCUUUAAA